AUGCUUUAUGACCUGCCGGGGCCUUCGCGAAGGAAGGAGACAUUCAAUGGCGGCCGGAUGAAGAGUCUGCAGAUGAAGGACGAUGACAACCGGAAUGGUGAUUCUUACAACACCUCUCAAACCAGGGUGAGCUCAUUGUUUUCAACCUUCAAGUCGUCAGCCUUGUUUUUCUUGCGUGAACCGGAAGCAGCGACUGCCACGCGAUAG